AUGCGUAACGCUUACUUGGACCAAACGCGAUAUGUGGAUGCACAAGCUUACGAGAAAUACCAGCGAUAUAUGGGUCAAGAGCUGAUUGUAUCAGAAUGUGUCGUCGGCUCUCCUUCUCAGGUAUUUGAUGCGUGGCUGGAGGAAGUUUGGCUUGCGGGGGGAUUGGAGUUGCACGAGGGCGAAGGCCGAGGCUACGUCGGCCACGUACGUGGCGUCAUAUUGGGCGUUGAAGAGGAGAUUCUGUCGGUUGGACUGCCUAUUGAUGAUCUUGUCGAUAGCGACGGAGGGCGGCCGAGUCUUGCGGCUACCCAACGGGACUGCUCCAAGAUCCCUUCAAUAUGCUACAAGAUUCGUAAGUUUGGACAGUUUCCAUUACAGAAACACUUUGCAUUCGUGCAAUUUGUCGAUGUCGCCGCGUCUCCAGAGAGCACACCAGCAACGCUCGUGAUCUGGUCGCUAAAGGUGCAGCCCAGUGUGAUUGGGUAUCUAUUCUGUUGUGGUGGAUUGAUCAAAUUUAUCCUACGGUCGACGAUACAGAGCUUGCUGAAAGCACUAUCCGUAAAUGCUGCAGCAAAGACGAAUCGACACUUGGAUUAG